GCUAUUACAGAUGUAAUAAAUCAAGAAGUAAACAAAAUGGCAACCGGAGGUCAGCCACAGACGCUAGAUAACCGUAUAUUUUUGUUUCGGUUACAAAUACUAGUCAUUGAUGGUGGCCUCCUGGUAUUGAGAAAUAUACUGGACCAGUCCUUGACAUCUCAAUGCAUAACGUUCAGUGCGUGCUUGAAUCAAGAAAAGUCAACAAUAACACGUUUGAAAAGCCGCGGCGUUAUAACCCAGAUCCAAUUUGACGUGUUGUUUCCAGCGGGUGGUAAAGUCCCAACUUCGUCAGAUUUGGACAUCACGCUUAUUAUUUGUCUUCUUAGAAGCCUGAAAUGUUUUGGAUUAAAUAAAAAAUUUGACUGGGGGGCAACACCAGCACCAACCGAUGUAACAGUGGAAGCAGACAUAUGUCGGUUAAAGAAUUUCCGAAAUAAAAUAAGUCAUAUAUCAACAACGACUGCAAUACAACAAAAUGAUUUUACAGCUUGGUGGAAUGAUAUUGAACAGAUACUUGUUCGUCGAUGUUCUCCAGCUUUGAAUAUUCAGCAAACAAUCGGCGAAUUCAAAACUUGCCCUCUUGAUCUGGAAGAAGAGAGAAGGAUACAGAAAGAAAUAAAAAAGUGGAAGGAUUAUGAAGACGAAGUUGACCGCCUAAAACAGGAAAUGACAGACGUGAGAAAAAAAGUAACUGACGUGAAGAAAGACCUUGAAGACAUAAAGGAAAAUGUAACUGAUGUGAAGAAAGUGAAGAAAGACCUUGAAUACGUAAAGGAAAGUGAUACUGCAAUGAAGAGAAACCUUGAAGACAUAAAGGCAAAUGUAACUAACGUGAAGAAAGGCCUAGAGGAUGUAAAAGAAAAUGAUACUGCAGUGAAGAGAAACAUUGAAGGCAUAAAGGAAAAUGUAACUGAAGUGAAGAGAGACAUUGAUGAGAUCAAAAGACGGCAAGGGACAGAUGAAACAAGGCAGGACAGACAGAAGAAAGGAAACAUUUUUCAGAGGUUUUUUGAGAGGAGACGUUAUAACCGGAGUAAAACAAGUAAGAUUUUACUUAAAUACGCUAUGCAUGUGGUUUUCCAGACUUGGAAUAAGUCAAACCUUUGUUAGAUACAACCUCCGAUUUGAGACCAACCUGUAAAUAAAGACCACCUUCUACCAUUUUUUUUUCAUUGAAAAAAGUACAUUCCGAAUAAAGACCUUUUGUCUUUCGUUUUCGUUUUUUAUGCAUGUUCUCCCUUUGGAUGGUCCCUAUUUACCAGUUUGACUGUACUGUGUUGACAGCUUGACUUUUCGCGGAGACAAAAAAUCAAGCUAUUGCUACAUGUUUUCCAUUUCCGUUCCCGUCCGUAACAAUAUUUAGUUGUUAUUGUUUUGUUGUACAAUAUUCAUCCUCCGAAAACUAAGAAAAUUUCGAGCGU